GGAACGGGAGGCUCUGUCCGUGUCCCGGGAGGAACGGGAGGCUCUGUCCGUGUCCCGGGAGCGGGGAGGGAACGGGAGGCUCUUUGGUGUACCGGGAGCGGGUGGGGAAGGAGCCGCCCCUCGCUGUCCCGGGGCAGUUCCGGGGCUCUCCGCGCUCCGGGGCCGCUCGGUCCCAGCCCAGCCUCCCCACCCGGUCCCGCAGCAGCGCGGCCAUGGCGAACCACCUGCGCUUCGUGGGCCGCACGGUGAUGGUGCACAACGGCAACGUGGAGGCGGCGUACGGCGUCCUCAACAGGAUCCUGGCGCAGGACGGCGUGGCCGAGGCCGUGCGGCGCUCCCGSUACUACGAGAAGCCGUGCCGGGCGCGGCGGCGGCGGGCGUUCGAGGCGUGCCGGCGGGUUUACUGCGCCGAGAUGGGCCGCAGGAUCGCCUUCCUGGCGCGGAGCAGCCGCCCGGACCCGUGGCUGGGCUGCUGAGCGGGACCGGCCGCAAUAAAGGCGCUGCAACACUGA